UUCAAAUAUGAGGCCCACGGCUGGUGAGUUCAAAGCUUUGAAACUGAGCAGUUUCAAGUUCGACACCGACUACAACUCUUACAAGAGUCUUCCUGUUCCCGAAGAGCCAACUGUUGCUCAGAGUGACAUUUCUGUCAAGCUUGAUGCCUUUUCUGAGAAAUUUCAUGGGUUGGAGGUCAAGAUCGAUUCGUUGCAUACUUCCCAACAGAAGAUUUCAUCUGAUUUGGUUGAGUUGAAAGAGUUUGUGUCUGCACAGUUUGUUUCUUUUGGUGCUCAGAUGGCUUCAAUGCAGACACAGUUUUCUACUGUUUUUGCCGAUUCCUAUGCCAAGGAAAAAGGCAGUGACUCUUCCAAUGAUGAUGAUGGAGGUGGUGAUGAAGCAGAUUUUGAUUUAAAUGAAUCUGAAGAAACUGAUGAAAAUGAAGAAGAGAAUGUUAUGGGUGAUGAGGAAGGGGAGGGUAGUGAAGGUGAAGAGAAGGAUGGUCAAGCCGAUGAAGAUUCUGACUCAAAAGAAAAAAAUGAUAAUGGCAGUGAUGAUGAUGCCACUGAUAGUGAGGAGAAGAAUUUCGUUGAUUUCAAUGACGGCCCUACUCAAAUAGAUGUUGAGGCUACUGUUCAGUCCGGGGUAAAAGCAGUUGAGCUUAUGAUGUCUUCAGAUGGAAUUGGUGGUGAUCCUUGUAAACAGAUUUCAGUUUCUGAAAAUGUUGAGGUUACGGAUCGUCGUCUUGUUUGUUUUGAGAUGGGUGCAACAGGUCUCAAUGUUGAUUCUAACAUUGAACUUGAAGAUGACCCAAUUCCCGUUGAAGAAACUCCUCUUGUUGACAAGAGGAAAUCUAAGAAACCCAUAGCGCUGACGUCUCCGUUUAUGGAGUAUGACUCUUCCAUUUCUAGUUCUAAAGAUGGUUCUGGUUAUGGAUUUGUUAAGUAUGUGGCUGGGUUGUGUCCUCUCGAUGAUAAGAUUGGUGAAGAUGUAGAACAUAAAGACGAGAUUGAUUUUGACUUGUGGCUUGGUGAAGGACGCCGAUCGAAGAAAGAUCCGCAUGAUAAGGAGAAGGUUUACUUGAAGGGUAAGGAUAAGAUUGUUCCCCCUUUUCGUUUUGGCGUGGAAGAUGUUGCAACCAAGAUGUGGUUCCACAAGCUUGCAUAUCCUGGCCAAUGUUUGACUAAUUCUCAUCUGGACAUCAUUUUUUACUAUCUACGUAAAAAAGGAAAGUAUGCAAAGGAGCCAAAGGUUAAGUUCACAACCACCGAUUGCUUAUUCUUCAAAACCAUUCAUGCUUUGUAUGAAAAAUUUAUUGCACAGAAAAAAAAUCUUUCUUUGAUAACUGCCCAGCAUGCCAUUGCUGAUUAUAUAAGAGGUAGAAAAAUGUUAUGUGGUUCCCCUUGGCAUUUGUGCGAUCAUGUUUUCUUUAUCAUCCAUAUGGAGACUGAAUCACAUUGGAUUCUUGGUCGAUUGAAUAUUGAGGAAAGGCGUGUGUACAUGUACAACUCCUUGUCGACUGCUAUGAAAGAUAGUGCUGCUAUCAAAGCUUGUCAGCCAUUUGCGGUGUUGUUGCCCCACUUUUUUGCUUUGUUUGAUGAGUUCAAAAAGGAAAACAAACCGGUUUGUUUAGACCCUUUCGAAGUUGUUAAGGUUGAUGGUUUGCCUCAACAAACCUCGAAUGACUGUGGUUGUUUCGUUGCAUCGUUCGCUGAAUACUUUAUUGAUAUGAAACCGAUUCCUCCCAUAUUUGAUGUUGAGAAACACCGUGAUAGGCUUGCUGUGUUGUUCUAUAAGUAUGCUCGCAUGAAAGAAGUGGAAUUUAUUGAUAGUGAAGAUGAGGCUCCUCCAAAGGGUCCAAAGAAGAAUUUGUCUUAGUUAUCUAUUGGUUGUUGUUGGAAAUACUACUUUUUUUUAUGUAGCUUUUGUUUUUUCUAUUACCAGAUUAUGUUCAUAAUCAUAGACAAGUUGUUGUUUCUAUCAUGUUUUUUUCUUAAUUGGAAUUGGUUUUUAAUUUGUUCA